AUGACUGAAUCAACGAUACCCGAGCCUCAAGAAACCCCCGCGCCCGUGCAACCUUUGCACCUCACCAAGGCCGAGACACGAGAAACCCUUCGCAAUAUGGGAAUCUCAGAACACCCAGCACCGCUGGACUACAACUACCCUGAAGUCGGACGGACAGAAAACCCUUUAUUUCCCGAAGAAUAUGUUAUCGAAACAGAAACCGGUCUUGUUCCACAAGCUACAUUGGAACAAGUUCGAUCGAGAGCUUCUACCUCCACCGAAGCUACACGACGAGAAGAUUUUCCCAUCGACCCAGAGAAAGCGCCCGGCAAGUCUACAGAAUACGUGACUUUUACCAUUGGAGAUCCUGAACAUCCUCACAACUGGUCUCGUGUCUAUCGAUGGUACAUCACCCUGGUGGCCUCAGCCUUGGUGGUGUGCAUUGCUUACGGCUCGUCAAUUGUCACUGGAGGUCUGGGAUUGAUUCAGGAAAAGUACAAUGUCUCAUUGGAAGUUGCCAUCUUGACUUGCUCGAUUAUGGUUUGCGGUUUCGCGGUCGGCCCAUUACUUUGGUCUCCCUUGUCUGAGAUCAUCGGUCGAAGACCUGUUUACAUCAUUUCACUGGCACUUUAUGUUAUUUUCAACAUUCCAUGUGCGCUCUCGCCCAAUAUUGGAGGUCUUCUUGUGUGUCGUUUCCUGUGUGGUGUGUUCUCCAGUUCUGGUUUGUCUUUGGCUGGAGGCACCAUUGCCGAUAUUUGGAGCACCGAGGAGAGGGGUAUGGCUAUCGCCUAUUUCGCCGCUGCGCCAUAUUGUGGACCUGUCGUCGGUCCCAUCGUUACCGGCUGGAUCAAUGUUGGAAGUGGUCGAUUAGAUCUGUUCUUUUGGACGAACAUGGCAUUCGCAGGCGUGAUCAUGAUUAUGGUCGGUCUGAUCCCGGAAACUUAUGCUCCAGUCAUUCUCAAGCGACGAGCUGCCAAACUUCGAAAGGAAACAGGCAACCCAAACAUUAUCACGGAACAAGAGCAAACAAAGCUCACUGUGCGCGAUAUUGCUCGCACAAGUCUCAUCCGCCCGAUUACAAUGAUCAUGACCGAACCAGUGCUUGAUCUGAUGUGCAUGUACAUUGUUCUCAUCUACGCCAUGCUGUAUGCCUUUUUCUUCGCCUACCCAGUCAUCUUCGGCAAGCUCUACGGCUACAACGACGGACAAAUCGGCCUGAUGUUCAUUCCCAUCUUGAUUGGCGCCGGCUUCUCACUGCUUACGACGCCCGUCAUUGAAAAACAGUUCAAGCGAAUUUAUGACUCGCGAACACCCACUCCCGAAGAUCGCCUGAUUGGAGCCCUGAUCGGAGCGCCAUUCAUCCCAAUUGCAUUCUUCCUGCUGGGUGCCACGUCCUUCAAGCAUAUUAUCUGGGUCGGACCUGCUUCCUCGGGUAUUGCCUUUGGAUACGGAAUGGUUCUGUGCUAUUAUUCCGUGAACAACUACAUUAUCGACUCUUAUCAGAAAUACGCUGCUUCUGCUUUGGCUGCUAAAGUGUUUUUGCGAUCCGGAGGUGGUGCUGCUUUCCCGUUGUUUACUACACAGAUGUAUGAUCGCCUUGGCCUUCAGUGGGCCUCGUGGCUGCUUGCAUUUAUUGGAGUUGGCAUGGUGUUUAUUCCAUACGUCUUCUAUGUUUUUGGUGGGAGGCUUCGCGCAAAGCUGACGCGGGAGUGA